CGUGAAGCGGGUUUUCACAGAAUUUAUGGAUUUGUGGUCAAAUAUUUCACCAAUAACGCCUUAAUCGCUCAAUCGAUCAUCUUCUUCUUCGGUUUUCUUUGAUUGGUCCAAACCCAAGAUGUCCUUCACCACAAGAUCUGCCCGACAAAAGUUUCCCCAUCCUUCGACUGUUGGAGUGAGACACAAGAAAGCUCUGAGGAAAAAACCUGCCUGGGAUGGCACAGUCAAUAAUUUGGAGGAUUUCAAGUCCAGUCCGGAAGAAAUAGCCAGAAGAAAAGAAGCUCAUCGCUCGAAAAAUUUAGAAAAAGUUAAAGGUGAUUUGCAAGAUCGAGUAAUGGCUAGAGUCCUGAAGAACAGGGAGACGCGAUCGCCAACACCUAAUGAGAAACGUCAGCUCGCUAUCUUGAAGGAGGUGCUGCAUGAUAAAGGGGAGUUUGAAGACGUCCUGAUGAAAUCUGAUAAAGCAUUGGCCAUGGUGCAGGAUAUGUUUGGUGAUAACCCUGUGCGCUAUACUGGAUUUCCCAAUGUCACUGUUGCUCCUGCUCAAGAGGACUCUGCCUUUGGCUACUACGAUAAUCUACCCAGGAAACCAGAGUUGAACACUAGCCAACUGGAACAACUGAGUGAGAGUGUCAUGGACAAAAAUGCUUUAAACGAAGAAAAAGAUCUUUUUUCAGAGAGUCUGCCCUCCGAUGAAGAGUUGGGGUCGCUGAACUUUCAACCGAGGAUGGACCUGAACCGAUUCAGGGAGCUACUGGCAGCUGAACAGCAACAGGCAGCAAUGGCUGCACAAAGAACACCAACAAAAUCUGACGCGAUGCUACAUUUAGACAUGCACACAGCAAUCAAUGACUCGCUGAAAGUCAGGAGGACCAAACAUGUCGACAAAGAGAAUGUGGAGAGUAAUCAAUCUAGUGGCAAGACACCCCCAGUCAAGCAGAUGAAAGACCUCAGAAAAGUGCUGGGGAAUCUCGAGAAUGAAAUUGCCGAGUUCGAGCGACAGAGGGGCAAGGAGGUGCCAACGGCUGAUAAACAACAUUCCAAUACCUUCUCGGGCUAUACGUUAGCCUUGGUGGACGCGGUCACACGUUUAACCCAUUUCUUGCGAGAGAGUGAGCUUCGUCUACAGAGUGAGAAGACCCUGCGGGAACAACUUUCAGAUGAGGUCAGCCAUUUCAGACAGUUGAUCGAUGCACUUACAUCUGAACUGAUAUCUUGCCGAGAAGAUUUCUUCCAACUACAUUCCGAGUUUGACAUGUUCAAGAGAGCGAGUGCUGAACAAAUCCAACAACUACAAGCCAGGGUGUUCGGGGAGAAUUUUGUGCCCAAGCCUGUUGAGAGGCCACUACCUCCAUCAAAUGAAACUUAUACAGCCAGGAUGCGUGAACCAAUGAGAUCACCCCAUGAUGAGCCCCCUCAUCACGCUGCUCCUAACAUCGCCACUGCCAUCCCGGCCCAUGUUCACAAUGUUCAACCUGCAGUGAUGUUAUCACCGCCAAGACAAAGGGACAGCAACAAACAUGCCAGAGAACUACCUGUUAGGGAAGAACCUGGCCCACAAUUGGAUGCCAAGCACACUGUGAAUGUGACCAAACCAGUGUCACUGAUACAGUCUGGCUCAGCGCCGGCGAUGACGACUCAUGGUCCAGGACGAACCUACGAUAUUGCCAGCCAGAUUGCUGAGCUCAGUGCCGAACACAAACGAGCCCAAGCCAGGAUGAAGCACCUUCAGGAUCUUAACUCGGCCUUUGGUGUCAGCACCUCAGAGAGUCCAGAAAGUUCCAAACAUUCCUCUGCCAAGGUAGACAGCCUCUCAACGAGGAAGGAUCUGAAAAACGAAGAGCCAGAAAUUACAGUAGGGGACACCCCUAGAAGUUGUGACACCUUGCAGAGCGUCGAGAGUCUGGUUAGCGACAAGGAUGACAUCCGGCGGCAGAUUAUGGAACUAAACAGACAACGCGAACGUGCUCAGAAUAUGAUGGAAAAGAUUGCAAGGCAGGAAGCUGAUUUGAUGCAGCCUCUUGAAGUGCAUGUAACUGAGAAACAAGAUGGUGUCUCCCCUGCCAUUUCCCCUAUACUUCAAGAAGGCAGCCUAUCGGAAAACCAAUCCGUUGACUCCCAGUCUGACAGUAAGAAAGCUAAGGGGAUAAUGAUUGCGCUUCCCACAGUCGAUCAGCAAGGGGACCAUCAACCGGACAGCGUAGGAAACACAGACCAGGCUUACCCAGCUGAUGAUGAGUGGUGAAUUCAAGCAGAACAUUCCAACAAUUCAAAGACAUUCCAUGACGUUUCUGAGGACUAGACAUUGCGUGAUGAAUCCCAAGUAUCGUAGAUCUGAAUCCUGGUUCGGUUGCAGAGUGCUCUUGUGGUGAUCCUCUGUGGUGACUGUUGCUGUUGUAAGACGAUCCAAUACCAGAUCAGUAAAAAGUCAUUUCAAGAAGCCACAAAUUUAUUGAAAAGUAGGUCCAUAUUAAUGCACAUUUUUGAUUUGUCCAUGACCAGAAAUGGGAAGCCUGGGCUUCUCCCUGGGUUUGGAAAGAUAUUGGUGAUGUCAUGAUGAAUUUUAAUGGAAGGGUUGAAUUGUUGUAAAUGUAUUAGCUUUGAAAGAGUUUAUAUAAUUUUGUAGUCCAUAAUUUAUCUGGGGCUGGUUCCCAGUUAACCAAAUGAGAAUUAAUUGGUGUUGGAAUGAAUGAGUUGCUUGCAAUUCGAAUUCACUUCAGGUUAUAGCUAUGAUCAAAAACAUAUUGGCUCACUUUAAACUUUUGCUAUGGUGUUUUCUUUCAAUAACCAACCACUGAAGUAUCACCCGAGUAAAAAUAAAAAGCUAGGUAUGUGUUCCCACAAUCUUGUUGAUAGUUAAAAGCAUCUGAAGAAAUGACCAAAUUAAGGAGACAGUCUGUGUUCAUUUAGAUUCAUUUGUUAUGUUGAUCCAAUUCAAAUGGAAAACAGCUUUCUUUUGUAUGUUUUGUAAUAAAAUGAAUUAAAGUAGA